GUUCACAUGUUUGGAAGACCACCACCUUCUCCUCCUCCUCCCACUCCUCCUGAGGGAUAUCUGGAGGUUCUGCAGCUUUGUGAGGAGACAUGGAAAGCAUGACAAGGCACGGAGACAAAAGAGAGGGCUGAGAAGACUGAGAACAAAGGGAUAAAGAGAAAGAAAGAGUGGUUGAGGAAGGAGAAGAUCUGACAAGGAGCAGGAUUGUAAAAACAAAAAGAAUAGUUUUGUGUGUGAACAGAUGAAGUUGGGAGAGAUGAAGACGACGUCGCCGACCAUGACAGAAAACAUAGAGAUGAAGCUGUUCUCCUCAGAGGAGCUGUGUACGGUGAUAACAACACAGGAGCAGCAGGAGGAACACAUCUUCCACCAGAGACACCUGGAGCAUCCUCUGGUCCCCGACUGUGACAAGGAACCAGAGCCUGAGGUCCAGACCCAGGUCCAGACCCACCCCGGGCAGCAGGACGGGCCCAGAUCUGAGCCCCCGGCCAGGGAGGAGACCGAGCACUGCACCCCUGUCCCUUCAGGCUUCAUGGAGGAGAUAGAGAUAGAAAUGGAGGUGCUUCCUUCCUGCAAAGUGUCUGGGAGAGAAUUUGUGGAGCUGUUGCCAAACAAAGUGAGACGUGUGAAAUGGAGGAGACUGGUUCCACAGAGAACCGGACUGGUGGUCAAAGACGUGGUGUGUCUGCCCAGAGAACCUGACCUGGCCCAGCUGGAGAGACACCUCGUUCCUCAAGGCAAGGAAAGAGCAGCUCUGGUCACCAUGGGAACGACGGCUCGCAUCACCAUCGACUACAGUUGGUCGGCCAAUCAGAUGGAGAGUCGGCUGGCGCUGCUCUUCAGGGAGAAGUUUGCCAGACAGAGGUUUUCCUUCGUGUAUCUACAGUGUUUGCAGGGAUCCAGGGUUCUGUUUGUCCCUAACACCCCCGCAGACGGUUGGACGGGAGAGCAGGUGCUCAGGAUUUCUGGACACGGACCUUUGUAUAUCUUCGUCCACCAGGACGAGCCGCAGGCAGAAUGUGAGAAGUCUGCAAAGGAGGCGCCUGUGGUGAGCAGGUGAGAGAGAAACUCGAGC